AUGUGCAAGAAGGUAGGGCAUUUUUCUAGGGACUGCCCUCAGCUCAAGGAGCCAACCAAAGGAAGGGUAUUUGCCAUGACUCAGGAGCAGGUGGUUCUGGACGCGGCUAUUAUCACAAGUAUGAUUCUUGUUGCCAGUAUACCGGCUCAUGCAUUGAUAGACUCUGGUGCCACUCAUUCAUUUAUAUCUGCGACAUACAUCGCAAAAUUGGGCAUUACCCCUGAACAAAUGAAUAAGGGAUAUAGUGUUUCUUUGCCUUCGGGAGAAGAAUUACAUAGUAACAGGGUGGUAAGAAAUUGUCAGAUGAUGAUGCAGAACCGUAUUGUGAGUGCAGAACUUAUUGUGCUAGAUAUGGUGGAAUUUGAUGUAAUCCUCGGAAUGGAUUGGCUGGCUCAGCACGAGGCAGUCAUCGACUGCAAGCAACAGACUGUUAACUUGAAGCCACCUAUCGAGGAAUCCUUCAUUUUCCAAGCAGCUCCAAAAUCAACCUUUCCUCACAUGAUUUCAAUGUGUAAAGCUUGA